AUGGUUUACCUCUCUUGCUCGAUACUCCGGCUUGUUCUCGUUCUGGAACUACAAGUACUUGUCGUUUUGUCUCAAAACAUCAUCAACGGAUCUGUUCCUGUCGGAGAAUCUCUCACGGCUUCAGAUUCUCAACAGUUCUCCAGUUCAUGGCUUUGCCCUUCCGGUGACUUUGCCUUAGGGUUCCGCAAGAUCCAACCAAACGAUGAUCACGGUUUGGUUCUCGCUGACCCUCGAGGUCAACGGCUCUGGAGUUCUUCACUGAAUCCGAGUAACGGCUCUGUUUACCAAGGGCGCAUGACAGACGCCGGAAACUUCCGCUUGUUGAGCAAAGACUCCAGUAAUGAUUUGUGGUCGAGCUUUGAUAAUCCCACAGACACACUGUUGCCGACUCAGAGUUUAGAGGUUGGAAGGAAUCUCUCAUCUCGCCGGACGGAGACAGGUUUCGGAAAAGGAAAGUUCAGGCUACGUCUAGGCCUUGACGCGACAACUCAACGUGAAUGUCCUAAGAGGUUUAUGUUGAAGGAUCCAAACAACCCUUAUGGUGACUGUGUGCCGAGUUUUGAGAUGCAAACUUGUCAACAAGAGAAUAACGAAACCAACGUGGGCGCUAAUGUUUAUGAGCUUGUUCGUUUAGACCGAGUGAACUGGCCGUACGGAGAUUACGAGAGGUACAAAAAUUACAAUGAAGAAAGCUGUAAAGCUGCUUGUCUUAACGAUUGUUUCUGUGCUGCUGUUGUUUUUGGAUCGGACCGGGUGUGUUGGAAGAAAAAGUAUCCAUUGUCUUACGGUCACAGUUCAGAGACUAUAUCUAGCGACACUCUCAUUAAGGUUCUAAAAAUAGGUCAACAAGAAAAAGAUGUUCCAGUUACCACAAAGAGAGGACAAGACCGUGACUGGUUAAUCAAGUUAAUCAUUGCUUGUUCGGUUUUUCUUGGAACCUCAGCUUUUGCGAAUCUCAUGUUGAUUGCUCUAUACAAAAAGAAAACUAAGACGACGAAAAAAGCGAGAGAUGUCAUCAGUGCUGCUAAGAGCAUCAUUAACCCCAAGAGAGUCUUUACAUACAAGGAGCUCGAAGAGGCUACUGAAUAUUUCAAGGAAGAGCUUGGAAGAGGAGCAUACGGGAUCGUCUAUAAAGGAGUUUUAAAAAUGAUAGAUGAUUCUCAAGUUACCGUGGCUGUCAAGAAACUAGACCGAGUGGUGCAAGAAGGCGAGAAAGAGUUUAAUAACGAGGUUAGAGCGAUAGGUCAGACGUACCACAAGAACCUUGUGAGGCUCAUUGGCUUUUGCAACGAAGGGCAGAGUCGUUUGAUCGUCUACGAGUACUUACCUCGUGGGACGCUGGCUAGUUUCCUCUUCAAGCGUCCAAGACCUAACUGGAAAGAUAGAAGGAGAAUCGCGGUGGAGAUUGCACGUGGAAUCUUGUAUCUACAUAAAGAAUGUUGUGAGCAAAUCAUACAUUGUGACAUAAAACCUCAAAACAUACUUUUAGAUGAGUCUUGCAGUCCACGCAUCUCGGACUUCGGUCUAGCAAAGCUUCUAAGGAUGAAUCAAACGAAUACUCUCACAAACAUCCGUGGAACCAAAGGGUAUGUCGCGACCGAGUGGUUCAGGAACAGUCCCAUUUCAUCCAAAGUAGAUGUAUAUAGCUAUGGAGUAAUGCUUUUGGAAGUCGUGUGCUGCAAGAAAGCAGUUGAUCUUGAGGAUAACGUGAUUCUCAUCGAUUGGGCAUAUGAUUGUUUCCGAAAUAGGAGGCUGGAUGAUCUUAUCGAAGACGAUUUAGAGGCGGUGGAGGAUAUGGAGAUGGUAGAGAGAUAUGUGAAAAUAGGGAUAUGGUGUAUACAAGAAGAACCAAGAAUGAGACCUAACAUGAGAACUGUAACGCAGAUGCUUGAAGGUGUGGCUCAAGUUCAUGAGCCUCCAAACCCUUCUCCUUAUAGUAUAUUUUCUUGUGAAGAGUAUCUUUCUUGUGGUCCAGUGUCACGUGUUUAA